AUGAGCGGAAACAGAUUUACGGCAUUGACCGUAACUCCACCAGCUGCUCCUCAUAAUUAUCAAGGUGAAGACUCUGAUAAUGAAACACGUAGCAAUGACAUUGAACGACCCUUGUUAUUUUCUUUCAGUCCUCCUCCGGCGUCACCUACUUUAUCUCCACAACUUUCGCCUACUAGGCCCUCGCAUAAAUGGUCGAUUUCGAACCUUCAGAAUCAAAUUGAAUCGACUCCACAAGUUAGAUAUAUAAAAAACAUGAUAUCUAUCUAUAUACCCAGACAUAAACUAAGACCAUAUUUUCGAGGCGCUUGUAGACGACUAUUCUCGUUUAUCUUAAUAUUGAUUGUAUUAUUUACCGCGUUGACUUUUGUGAAAUAUAAAGCUGUUCCAAGUCUUUACACUUAUGAUGACAUUAAAUUUUCGUGGAAACCUAUCGAGCCAUUAAGUUAUCUAAAGCCAAUAAAUGAGACAUUUGGCGAAAUAACUUUGUUAUUGGAUGGUCAUGCGCAUACUACAGAAUCCGACGGCGCAAUGAAACCUGAAAUGCUUUUGAAAUGGGCAAUUGCGAAUGGAUAUAGUGCAAUUAUUGUAAGUGAUCACAAUACGAUUAAAGGAGGGUUACUCGCUCAACAAAUUGCGCAUGAUAAAUUCAAUGAUUCUAUUGUGGUAAUACCGGCAAUGGAAUAUAGUUCCUGCCGCAUUCAUAUGAAUUUAAUAGGUAUUAACGAAUCAAUUCCAUUUGGACCUCCAUCCCCAUCAGAUGAAGAUUUACAAAAAGUUAUAAGACAUACUCAUGAGCUCGGAGGUCUUGUUUCGGUGAAUCAUAUUCCGUGGAGUAAUAGCACCGAGAAUUGGUAUCAAGAGGGCACAUUGCCAAAUCAUCCAUCACGUGAACAGCUUUUAGAAUGGGGUGUUGACGCAUUCGAAAUAAUUAAUGGUGAUACUUUUGAUUGGGUAACCUAUAAUUUUGCUCAAAACCAUAAUUUAUUAAUGCUUACUGGCUCCGAUGUACAUUCCCCUUCGGAUGGAGCUUACGCAUGGACCACCAUCAGUACCAAAGAUAGAUCAAUGGCCGGAAUAAUGUCCGAACUACGUGAAAAACGUACUAGUUUUUUAUUUGAUGCUACUGGCACUCGACCUCGAGCUUACCCGAAAUUUAAUCCAGCUUACUACAAAAUGUUACCUAUAACAUUACUUGCCGACUACUGGACUUCUUUUUACACUGAAACUCGUGGUAUGUAUUCAUUCCAGGAUACAUUUUGCCAUCCACGUCAAUUCACGAUGCACACGAUAACAUUAUUAGCAAGGCCUAUUGUAAAAUGGGCGAGAAAAGUUUGGCUAAUAUGGAGAACACGUCUUGGGCUAACGCCUCGUGAGCAAAAUGAUCUUGGAUUGGUUGGGAUGGGAGCAUCUCCUUAG